GUCGAUGCCCACAAUUCCCACAAUGCAUUGAGAACAUAACCGGAAAUGGAAAGGGGCAGUCAGCUGACUGUGUGUUGAUCAGUUUUUGACACUUUAAACACAGUUGUUUAGUCAUUUAAGAAUUUAAGGUUGCAUUAUUACAUGUUUGAGGGUUGCUAGCUAUGUUGCGACCAAAGGCAUUAACGCAGGUUCUCAGUCAGGCGAACACAAACGGAGUCCAGAGCACACUCUUACUGAAUAAUGAAGGAUCACUCCUGGCUUACUCAGGGUAUGGAGACACUGAUGCACGGGUGACAGCUGCCAUUGCUAGCAACAUCUGGGCAGCCUAUGACAAGAACGGCCACCAAGCCUUUAACGAAGACAAACUCAAAUUCAUUCUCAUGGAUUGUAUGGAGGGGAGAGUGGCCAUCACCCGGGUUGCCAACCUGCUACUGUGCAUGUACGCCAAAGAGACAGUGGGUUUUGGAAUGCUUAAAGCCAAGGCAGAAGCCCUUGUGCUGUACCUGGAGGAACCACUAACACAAGUAGCAGCAUCAUAGUGGACAUGUGACUGAAGCGCUGCCUCUUGCCUAUGUGGGCCUGGGAGAAAAAACAUCAUGUGACCCAGGCAUUUCAUGGCGUACUGUAACAUUCUGUGUACAUGCAUAUCUAUAUCUAUCAGUGUUUGUGGGAGUGUGUAUGGGAGUGAUGGGGGGUUAAUGUAUUUAUAAUCUUGGUAUUGAGACUAUAAACUUGUAUAGUUUCUAUUGAUUUGCCCAGCUUUAUUACUCUCGUGUUCAUCUAAUUGUCUGUUCUGAAAGUUCUCAUGAAUUGUUAAUAGCAAGUCUAAGUGUACAACUGCUGAAAAGAUGCAAGAUCAACUGUUGAUUCAUUAAUGCGUAGGUUAAGCUCAGACAUGCCGGGUACAACUAAGCGGAACAUCAUAUGUUUUGAACCCUGUCAGUGAAGUGAAAUGAUUUCUGGGAACUUUCUUAACAAUAUCUGUCAGAUAAAAUGCAGUUGAGUUCAUUACGUUUUGUUUCAAAGCUUUCAAAUAAAAAAACGUUUGGUUUCAUAUA